AGACCACCUCUGCGCCCGCCGGCGGGGGCCGAGCGCUCUGGGCUGUCGCGGCGUCUGAGCACCUCACCACCUCCGCUGCCUCGAUCGCUGCGGCCGUGGUUCCGAGAGCCGCACGCGCCCCGGGCCGGGUGAGCCCCACAGGACCGGGGAACCGCAGGACCCGUGGGGCGCCAUGCGAGCCAGGGCAUCCCUCUUCUGUUGGACGGAAGGUCAGGUCUUGGAGUUCUUCCUCUAACAUCAGGUCACCAUCCCCCAGCAGGAAGAAGCACACUGCCAAGUUGACCCUGCCGUGCAGCGUGACUAUAUGAGACAGCACCUGCUGUCCGUGCUGGAACUAGGGGAGGAGACAUGAGACCGUAGUACCUCACCCACCCAAGAGGUUCACCAUGGCAGCCCAGCGCAUCCGGGCAGCCAACUCCAGUGGCCUCCCUCGGUGCAAGUCGGAGGGGACUCUGAUCGACCUGAGUGAGGGCUUCUCAGAGACAAGCUUUAAUGACGUCAAAGUGCCUUCCCCCAGUGCCUUGCUAGUAGACAACCCCACGCCUUUUGGAAAUGCAAAGGAAGUGAUUGCAAUCAAAGACUAUUGCCCAAACAACUUCACCACCCUGAAGUUCUCCAAGGGCGACCACCUCUAUGUCUUGGACACGUCUGGCGGGGAGUGGUGGUACGCUCACAACACCACUGAGAUGGGCUACAUCCCUUCCUCGUACGUGCAGCCAUUGAACUACCGGAAUUCUACCCUGAGUGACAGUGGAAUGAUUGACAAUCUCCCGGACAGCCCCGAUGAAGUUGCCAAGGAACUGGAUCUGCUAGGGGGCUGGACAGACGACCAGAAAGAAUCUGCCAGACCCUAUAGUAACAAUCCUUUCUGGAAUGGAGUCCGAACGAACCCCUUUCUGAAUGGGAAUGCACAGCCCAGUAUGGAUGAGCUAAACCCCAAGAGUACCGUGGAUUUGCUCCUUUUUGACACAGGCACAUCUUCCUUCACUGAAUCCAGCUCAGCGACCACCAACAGCACCGGCAACAUCUUUGAUGAGCUCCCAGCCACCAAUGGACUCCACGUGGAGCAACCUGUCAAGCGGGACAACCCUUUCUUCAGGAGCAAGCGUUCCUACAGCCUUUCAGAACUGUCUGUCCUGCAAGCCAAAUCGGAUGCUCCCCCAACAUCCAGCUUCUUCACAGGCUUGAAGUCACCUGCCCCGGAACAGUUUCAAAGCCGAGAAGACUUCCGAACCGCCUGGCUGAAUCACCGGAAGCUGGCCCGUUCCUGCCAUGACUUGGACCUGCUCGGCCAAAGCCCAGGUUGGGGCCAGACCCAAGCAGUGGAGACAAAUAUUGUGUGCAAGCUGGAUAGUUCUGGGGGCUCCGUGCAGCUUCCUGACACCAACAUCAGUAUCCAUGUGCCAGAGGGCCAUGUAGCUCCUGGAGAGACACAGCAGAUUUCCAUGAAAGCCCUGCUGGACCCUCCACUGGACCUUAACAGUGACAGAUCCACCAGCAUAAGCCCCGUGGUGGAGGUGAAACUGAGCAACCUAGAGGUGGGUACCUUCAUCAUCUUGGAAAUGAAGCUCUCCGCAGAGGUGAAGGGUGACAUCUUUAGCAAAAGCACGGUGGUCCUGCAAUGCCUGAGAAGUGACUCAAAGGAGGGACCUUAUGCACCCAUCCCCCUCGCCUACAGCUAUGGGGACACGAUACAGGUACAGCUGGACAACCUGGAACCCUGCAUGUACCUAGCCAUCGUUGCCCAGGGCCCCAACAUCCUCUACCCUUCUACUGUGUGGGAUUUCAUCAAUAAGAGGGUCACCGUGGGUCUCUAUGGUCCCAAACACAUCCAUCCAUCCUUCAAGACAGUGGUGACCAUUUUUGGACAUGAUUGUGCCCCCAAGACCCUCCUGGUCAGUGAGGUGACUCGGCAGGCUCCCAGUCCUGCCCCCGUGGCCCUACAGCUGUGGGGCAAACACCAGUUCAUCCUGUCCAGGCCCCAGGAUCUCAGAGUUUGCAUGUUCUCCAAUAUGACCAACUAUGAGGUCAAGGCCAACGAGCAAGCCAAAGUAGUGAGAGGAUUUCAGAUGAAACUGGGCAAGGUCAGCCGUCUGAUCUUCUCCGUCAUCUCCCAGAACCCCAACGAGCUGUCCGACUUCACACUGAGGGUACAGGUCAAGGAUGAUCAGGACACGAUCCUCACGCAGUUUUGUGUCCAGACUCCACAGCCGCCCCCUAAAAGUGCCAUUAAACCAUCCGGGCAGAGGAGGUUUCUCAAGAAGAAUGAAGUUGGGAAGAUCAUCUUGUCCCCGUUCGUUGUCACGACCAAGUAUCCGACGUUUCAGGACCGCCCUGUGUCCAGUCUCAAGUUUGGCAAGCUUCUAAAGACAGUGGUGCGACAGAACAAGAGUCACUACCUGCUGGAGUACAAGAAGGGUGACGUCAUAGCCCUGCUCAGCGAGGAGCGCAUCCGGCUCAAGGGACAGCUGUGGACCAAGGAGUGGUACAUUGGCUACUAUCAGGGCAAGGUGGGCCUGGUGCACACCAAGAACGUGCUGGUCGUCGGCAAGGCCCGGCCCAGCCUGUUCUCAGGGCCCGAGCUGAGCACCUCCGUGCUGCUGGAGCAGAUCCUGCGGCCUUGCAAGUUCCUCACCUACAUCUACGCCUCCGUGCGGACCUUACUCAUGGAGAACAUCAGCAGCUGGCGGGCCUUUGCUGAUGCCCUGGGUUACGGAAACCUGCCGCUCACCUUCUUCUGCCGGGCAGAGCUGGACAGUGAGCCAGAGCGGGUGGCAUCCGUUCUGGAAAAGCUGAAGGAAGACUGUAACAACCCUGACAACAAGGACCGGAAGUCCUUCCAGAAGGAGCUGGUGAUGGCUUUGCUGAAAAUGGACUGUCAGGGCCUGGUGGUCAGACUCAUCCAAGACUUCGUGCUCCUGACCACAGCUGUGGAAGUGGCACAGCGCUGGCGGGAACUGGCUGAGAAGCUAGCCAAGGUCUCCAAGCAACAGAUGGACGCCUAUGAGUCUCCUCACCGAGACAGGAAUGGGGUAGUAGACAGUGAGGCCAUGUGGAAACCCGCCUAUGACUUCUUACUCACCUGGAGCCACCAGAUUGGGGACAGCUACCGAGAUGUCAUCCAAGAGCUGCACAUAGGCCUGGACAAGAUGAAGAACCCCAUCACCAGACGCUGGAAGCACCUCACGGGGACACUGAUCCUGGUGAACUCACUGGACAUCCUGAGGGCAGCUGCCUUCAGCCCUGUGGACCAUGAUGACUUUGUGAUCUGAGUGGGGUCCCUGCCCUACUGCUCACCAGAGCUGAGACUCCUCCUACCAGGGCUGGGACUCCACCCAUCAUCUGUCCGCAAUAGGGGCCAUGCCAUCACCGGAUGGUGCAGGGAGGGAUGGCUGCCCAUCUGCCAGCCAUACCCAGGAGGGACUGAGGACUUUUGACUCUCUUCCCCUCCCCUCUAUCCAGGGGCAGGUCCCAGGGGCUUUCUACUUCCAGUUGCCAAUUGUGUUGCUUUCUAUUUGUUGACAUGUACGUUUAAAUUUAAAAUCACUUUUUUUAAACAGAAGACUUAGACAGGACAUAAGAAAGGCGGUAUCUAAUUUUUUAAUGGACUGUAAAGGUUAUUUAAAAAAAAAAAAACUCACCUUAGUAAAGGCAAAUGCUGUUGAGGUUUUUAUGUUC